CAGACCAGGAGUGCCUCCGGACGUUAUAUACUCCCUGAGCCUGACUAUCCACGAUCCACAUUAUUACAAUUCAAACACCUCUUGUUUAAACUAAACUCAAUGGCGUACAAAUCCAUCAACGAUCUGCCCGAAGGACUGAUCUCCCAAAUACUCCUUCGACUCCCUGUGAAAUCGCUGCUCCAAUGCAAGUCCGUCUGCAAGCCAUGGCUAUCCCUCAUCUCAACCCCCCAUUUCAUAAAAUCUCAGCUCCUCCAUGCCAUCACGGCUUCAAUCAACACACCCACACUGCUCUGUAUCGAGAAACCCCCGCCCACCGUGGAAGAACUGGCCUUCGAACUGCAGAUUGUCGAGAUGGAAAAAGAUUUGGUGACAUGGACUUCUCGGGACCAUGCUAGACAACAGCAGCGUCGACGUCAGCUUGUUGACCAGGCGCUUCUUGAUGCCGAGGCCCAAGAUUUGUCGAGCUCUCCGGUGCGUUUUGAGCGUCUUGUUUUCCCGCGCUUCUUCUUCCCCUAUUAUGGAGUUAAUGAUUGUUGUAAUGGCAUCAUUUUGUUAUCUAAUAGCUUUGGUAAUCAUGUCUAUUUUUGGAAUCCUUCGAUUCGGAAGUGUAGGAAACUUCCUAGUCCUGAGCCCUACACGAGUAGAGUCGUUCCGGUUAAGAAAGGUUUUGGUUACGACUCUAUUUCUGAUGCCUACAAAGUUUUUAGGAUUGUGUGUGAGAAAGAGUAUGAUAAGGUACCCAUUGUCCAGGUUUACUCGACGAGCACUGAUUCUUGGAGACAAUUUCGAAAUCCUAUUCUGAAAAAUUAUGAGCAUUUUGAGCGAAGAAAUGUUGUUGUCAAUGGGGUUCUGUAUUUUGAUGGGGUGGAUGAGCUAAUUUUAUUUGAUUUGCACACUGAGGUUUUUGGACAAGUUCCGUUCCCUAGCUGGGUUACAAGGAAGGGGUCAGAUGUUUUGGAUUUCGAGGGUUCUGUUGCUAUGGUCUUUCAAUCUGGACCUGAAAUUCAUCUAUGGACGUUGGGUGAUGUUUCUGGCCAGAUGUCCUGGACCAAAAAAUUCAGUAUUGAGGCUGAUUCCGAGACGGAGAUAUGGCUAACCAGGUAUUUGGGUGCUGGCCAGUUUUUGGGAAAAAAGUUGUUUAACAGAAAUAUUUUCAUGUUUGAUGUCUUGUAUGACUAUCGGAAGAAGGAAGCCAAACUUUAUAAAGGGGGUGAUGAGAAUGAUGAGAACAUUUGGGCAUAUCUCAAAUACACAAAAACUCUUGUUUCACUGGAUGGCUUUGAGCAUGUGGACUCCAACACCAACAACAUCAGUCUCACAGGAGAAAGGAUAGCAUAGCAGACACUGACCAUCAUCAGAUUCAUGGCAACUGGCAAGUGAAGUGUGUUAGCAGAUGGAGUUACUGCGGUCGUUGCUUGUUUUAUGCUUCAUAUUUAUGUAAAAGCCUGAUGCUAGACAAUUACUGCUAGUAGCUAUAUUAUGUUUUAAAUAUCUAGAAUGUGCUGAAUCUUAUCGCAGCUUUGCACUGGUUUGCUGCUUAUUAAGAUUUAAAAUGGUUGUGGUAUGUUUAAGCAACAUGACUAAAACCUCUCUUCUCAAGUUUCUAUUGAUUUUGGUUUUGUAAAUAUGUCUACUGUUAAUAAAUUUUGUUGCACCGAUAUCAUCUGGAUUGGUAGCCUGUCUAUCAAUGCCUUUUCAGCUCUAGUGAUUUAGAUUAUGGGAUCGUGACCUUCCUUGGACCCUGGACU